AGAAAUCGGCGACCUACAAGUGCCAGGUUAUGAACUCGGCCGGCAUGUCGGAGGUUGAGAGCCGCGUGGACGUGGUGGGCGGCCAGGGCGUGCCCGAGUGCCCCGCGUCGCGCGCGGCCGGGGUGGAGUGGGCGACCACGCCGGUGGACCGCGAGGCGCUCCUGGAGUGCUCCGUGCUGCUGGGCUACACGGGCGGGCUGGCGCGCCGCCAGUGUGUGCUGCGCGGCCGCGACCAGGACGAGGACCAGCAGGACCUGGGCCAGGACUUGGGCCAGGACCUCGCCGCCGAGUGGGAGGAGCCCGACUUCCACGAGUGCGUGCAGGAGGAGUUCGCCGCCAUCAGAGACAACUUCGCGCGGCUGACGCUGGGCUACGCCAACACCACGGCGCUCAAGACCCUGGAGGCGGUGCGGCGGUGGCUGGAGGCGCGCGCCGACGGCCGCGAGGAGGGCGUGGCGGAGGGCGGCCAGGGCCCGGCGGGGCUGCGCCCGCGCGAGGGCGAGCCCAUCCUGGCCCUGGCCGUGGACGUGGCGGCGUACCAGCGCAAGGUCCUGGGCGCACGACAGCUGCUGCAGCUCCGCGAGGAGCUGUUCAAGAUCGUGGACCUGCUGCUGCAGAGCGAGCCGGAGGGUCCUCAUCGCAGCCGCGCCGUGCAAGACAACAUGGCCAUCGAGGAGGUGCAGGCGCUGGUUCGCGAGCAGGCUCUGUUGUGGGCCUCGUCGCUACCCUCCCCGCUGUCGUCGGCGUCCUCCUCAGUGUCAUCGUCCGCCCGCAGCGCCGCCGCCCCGCCGACCGACGCGGCCGCCGCGCCGCCCCACGCCAGCCCCGCCUACUCGCAGAUGGACGUGCACGUGGUGGGCGCCAACGACCUGGACGAGGCGGGCCGCGCUGGUGGCGCGCAGGGCUUCCCGCUGCCAGACUGGGUGGGCCCCCCGGGCUCGCGCCUCCGGCUGCACGUGUCGAAAGCCCUGGCGCAGCGGUCCGUCGUGGCCGCCGUGGUCGCCUUCAAGUCCCUCCACAAGCUGCUCCCCGAGCGCAGCGUGGCCAUGAUGUCGGACAGCACCGAGCUGGAAUACGAGCUGGCCUCCUCCCUCGUGUCCGUCUCGCUGGGCUCGGAGGCAGGCGACAUCAUCAACGACGUCGGCGACGCCAAAGACUUCUCCGCGGAUGUCGUGUUUCUGGUGACGGUGCCGGGGGAUCCGGACGACUCCAGCUCCGCCUACCUGUGGCCGCGGUGGGCGGUAAACUGCGCCGUGGCGGACAUCGCGCGCGGCGUGACCACGCCGGGGAAGCUGCCCUGGAACACGUCGGCCUGCUCCACCUUGGGCGAGGACUGGGACCCCCACGACCUGCGGCCGGGCAGCUUCAACCUGCGCUGCAACUGCACCCUGCCGGGCACCAUGGCCGUGCUGCUGAGCUCCAACACGUCCGAGAGCGCCGUGCCGCUGGGCCCGCGGCCGCCGGUGGCCCUCGUUUCCGGGCUGGCGCUGUGCGCGCUGCAGGCGGCGACCACCACGCUAGCGCUGCUGCCCCGCUGGCUGGGGCGGCCCUCCUGCAUGGUGUUCCUCAAGCUGCAGAGCGCCGCGGCCACCUCGGCCUCGGCGGGCAUCUUCCUCGCCGGUCUGAGCCACGCCGCGAGCAGCGGCUCCGGCCCCUCUGGCCCCGGGCUGGUCGCCGCGCUGCACUGCUGCCUGCUGACGGCGCUGGCCGCGCACCUCGGCAAGCUGCUGCUGCUCUACACGGAGCUGGUGGGCGUGCGGCCGCUGCCCCACCUGCGCCAGAGCCUGCUGGCCAUGGUGGCGGGCGCGCCGCUGGUGGGCGUGCUGUGCGGGCUGGUGGCCGCCCGCUCCACGCUGUCGCCCGCCCGCCUCCGGGCCACCCUGGGCGCCGGCUGGGCCUACUCGCCGUGGGGCUGGGCGCCCUGGGCGCCGUGGGGCAGCCGCCUGUGCUCCGUCCUGGUCGCCACCGCCGCCGUCAUCCUGGUGGCGUUCGGCGCGCUCCUCUGCGCCGUGGUGGUCCGCCUCGCCACCGCCCGCCCACGUCGCAGCCCGACCAAGGCCGCCAAGGCUAAGGCUCACCAGGAGGACAAGAUCGACGUGGCCGUGUUGCGGAGGUGGGGGCUGGUGAAGCGGGCGUGCUGCAUCGUGCUGUGUCAGGUGUGCGUGGUCGCACUCAGCAUCGCCUACGUCAGCGUCAAGUCCUCUGUCGUCUGCUUUGCCUUCAGUGCGGCUGCCGCAACACUGGGCGCUGUGACAUUAUUCUGCUACAUCGUCAAGCCGGAGGACUCUGAGACGGGCUCGAAGAAGCUGUGCGGGGGAAGUGUCUCGUCUGCCAGGACGCCGACCGACGCUUCGACCGACCCCAGCCAGACGGAACCCUUAACAUCCUGCGCCGCCAGCCCGCACUCCUUGUGGCUCUGCUUGAGGCGCUCCCUGCGCGCGUCCGCCACGGCCCUCUACAACAUGUGCUCGAACGCGCGGACUUACCAGCUGGUGCCCUCCCGGCCAUCCGGCCCAGAGACCCCGACCCCCGCCAGGCUGGGCGUAGAGUCCCUCUGCCCCUUCAUCGUUUUCACGAAGCAGGACGCGGAGCUGGAAAGUGACGCGGCCGCAGUGGCGCCCGAUGCGCCCGUCGUGGAAAAGGAGGGCGAGAAGUUGGCGACCUCCAACGGGAAGCACGUCAAGUCAUCCACCAGUCCUAGCAAGACCCUCCCCGCGGGCUCGGGGAGCGACGCGUGCACGUGCCACGUGUACUGCACGUCCUGCUCGUGCACGUGCAAGGCCGGCUACCACGCGGCGGCGUGCGCGCCGCUCAGCCCGGCGCGCUACGUGCCGAUGUGCCCCGUGGCCGUGCACGUUCCCGUGCACAUCCCCGUCCCCGUGGUGGGAGCGCCGCCCGGAUCAGUGCUGGGCGUGGGCAAGGAGGCCUCCCUGCUCGUGGCUCCGCCCCACGAAGCUGACGCCUUCCCCCUCCAGGACAUGGCGCAGCGCUCGCCUAACAAGUACCUGUACAUGCGGUGCCGGCCGUACCGCGCCGAGGACAGCGACGAGUACGUGCACCACGACGGCGAGGAGGCCCGGGGCCGGGAGGAGGUGGCCCCCAAGUACGCGAGGACUCUGUACCACAACGACUGGCCGGCGAUGGCGCCCCGGCCCGGCUGCCCCGUGCUUCUCCCGGACCAGCCCCUCCGGCCGGAGCCUGUCCCGUGCUACAUCCGGGGCGAGCCCGGCGUCCCCGUCGUCGCGUCGCCGACGAGGAGGGCGCCGCCGCCGCCGCCAACGGGACCCUGUCCCCGCGGCGCGGUGCUGACGUGCAAGGCGGACGUGGAGCCCGUGCCGCGGCCGUCCCCGCCGCCAGCGCCUCCGAGGGCGCCGACCACCGUCGUCACGCCGCCCGAGGACUCCCUCGACGAGGACGUUCUCAACAAAAUCUCUCAUGACCUUGACUACCUCUUGAGUGGCGACGCCACCCCCGCACCUCCUAGCGGGGACGCGCCCUCAGCCAUUGCUAAGUCUGCGUUACCGCAACCCUAGGGGCUGCCUUGAAAUGUUGUAAUGUUACCGUGUAUCAUCCAUAUCAUAUAUGGGUUCCACAUCAGAGUUUGUUUUGUGCAGUGAUGGUAGCCAUACAUCAACUCUGUGCCUCGUAUUUAAUUCUUAAAUGUGUUUAUAAUACUUCAUGUGAUUGUACAUAUUUUGACUAUAAUAUGGCUACAAUGAUAAUAGGUUAAUUGAAAAGACUUUCUAAUAAAAUAGAUCUCUGUAUAAGUACGUAAAGAGCUGUGCAACCUAGUACGUCCUCAUACCCAAACAGUCUGAAGGAAAAAUAGUACAGGUUUAGUCAUUUCAAUGGGAAAUCAAAGUUUUAUUCAACAAAUAAAAAAAGGGAUACACUUACUGACAUUGAGCUCCUUAAAACUUUAUCUCACCGACACUAUGUGAACUUAGAAUUUAUUUUAUUUUAUUUCCAACAGUACACCAAUGAUUUUUAAAAAUUUCAUUCCGGUCUUAGUUAAACAUUGUCAGUUUUUUGUGUUUUAAAAAAUAAACCUACUGUAUACUGAAACCAAAGCUCUUAAUAUGAAAAGACUGAAGUUAAAAAAUUAUAACUUUAACAGCUCUCUUCUCUUGGACGUGAACACAUUCAGUCUAUUAGACCAAUCCUGUAAAAAUAAAACUUGUGAGCGAUGAUAAAGAAAAGGCAGGUUGUCAAAAUAUACUUACAAAAAAUAAUCUUGGACAAAGACUAGGAAUUUAUAUUUUGAAAUAUCAAGAGAAUUCUUCAAAAUAGUCAUUGUAUCAAAUUCUGUGACUUCCUUAAAUAAACAAGGCUGAAAAGUA